AUGACUGUUGCUACAAAGCCAGUGGACGAGCGGGCACCGCUACUUGGUCCACAACCGAGUACGGUAGACGCAAGCAACGAGUACCUACCCGAAAGCGAAAUCGAGGAUGACUCGGGUCGUAUCUCUGUAGCCAGAGCGGCGAUAUGUGUCGUUGCUUUGGGAUCACUGAUCUUCUUGCAAGCCGAUCUAGAUGCUUUCGAAAAGACCAGCUGGUUCACAUCAGCAUAUCUCAUCGCAGUAUCAUCUACAUCACCAUUGACUGGAAAGCUGAGUCAACUCUUCAGCCCAAGAAACUGCAUCGCUGCCAGUGCGAUGAUCCUUGGACUGGGUGCUCUUCUCACUAGUUUUGCCCAAACAUUCGCCAGCUUCAUCGUUGGACGCAUCAUUACCGGUAUUGGAGCUGCUGGCGUUUUUACUGUAUCCAUCAUUGUUGUGCUCGAGCUCAGUGGACCUACCAAACGUGGAGCUGUUAUCGGCCUUCUCAAUUCUGGAUUUACCGUUGGUGUCGCGGUCGGAGCCACCGUGGCAGGUGCAUUGGUGAACAAAGUUGGCUGGAGAGCACUUUUCUGGAUGCAAACACCGCUUGCUGUUGUUGCUGGUGCAGCACUCUACUUGGCAAUUCCGACUCAAUUCUCUGCUGCUAGAGGCAACAGUAAGGAGAGUAUCUGGAAAAAGCUAGGAACAUUGGAUUAUCUUGGUGCUCUCACCCUGACUGUCGGAAUUGUGCUGCUUCUUUCAGCACUCUCGAACCCUCGCCGCAUUCCUAUCUUGCCAAUCAUCUUCAGCAUCAUCGCACUGGCGACAUUCGUUCUCAACGAGAUGUAUCUGUCUACCGAUCCAAUCAUUCCAGUAACGCUACUCAAGUCUCGAGGCAUGGCCUUCACUUGCUUGGGCACGGUUGGCUUCAUGAUGGCCCGCUGGAGUGUGCUCUUCUUCACCCCUACCUACACCCUAGCAGUUCGUGGCUGGGCUCCCGCCGCAGCAGGCAGUAUCCUGAUCGCCACAAACGGAGGCUUUGCGCUUGGAGGCAUUCUUGUCGGUGUCUUCCACAUCCGUCGUCAGGGCAGUUUCUACAUUCCUUGUGUGAUAGUGUACCUCUUGUUUCCCUUCACCCUCGUCGGCAUUGCACUGCUCUCGACCGCUAAGGCUUCUUCGUCGCUGUACAUUCUGCUGCUGUUCCUGAACGGUCUCACUGUUGGUGCGGCGAUGAACUACACACUUGCUCAUCUUCUGCAUCUGACGCCGGCUUCGACACAUUACAUCGCUACCUCGCUCAUCGCCACCUUCAGAGGUUUCGCUGGAUCCUUUGGCUCGGCUAUCGGAGGAGGACUGUUUACUCGUCUGCUACGAAAGUCGUUGGAGGACAAGUUCGAUGACAGCGACGCAGAUCUCGUUCGCCGUCUUCUGGGCAGUCCAGCUAUGGUCAGUUUGUUGAAGGGAGCGAAGAAAGCCAAAGCCGUUGCUAGUUACGAGGAUGCGUUGAGAGGGUUGUUCUUGGCUGCUGCUGGGCUUGCACUUAUCAUGGUGCUUGUGCAGGCGGCGACAGGUUGGAAGGGUGUAGAAGACGAGCCCAAACCCCAGGAGGGAGAGGAGGAAGUCACGCAAUAG